CCAAGGAUUCAUCAUAUGAGCAGCAGCGGUCAUUUGCAAGUUAAAAAAGGUUCUUCGGUUCGCAUAGAAUGUUCAGCCUCUGGUAAUCCUACACCAAACGUUACAUGGAGCCGUAAAAAUAAUAUUUUGCCCAAUGGCGAGGAAAAACUCCAUUCGCAUAUAUUGUCAAUUGAAAAUGUGGAUCGCCACAAGGGUGGAGUUUACAUUUGUACAGCUAAUAAUGGUGUGGGUCAACCGGCCUCCAGUCAAGUGAUUUUACAUGUUUUAUAUCCUCCAGAAAUCAAUGUGGAACGUCCAGUGGUCUUCUCUGGGGAAGGUCAUGAGGCAAUGCUUGUGUGUAUUGUGCAUGGAGAAACACAGCCUGAGGUAUGAAUUGCUUAAAUUUAUUU